AGCAAAAUAAAGAUCUCUCUCUCUCAUAAAUUCCAUUUCCCCUCAUUCCUCCAAUGGAUCACCAGAACAAGCCCCAAACAAGGAGAAGCUUGAAGCGGAAACUGGAGCAAGAAUUCGAAGAAGAUAAAUCAGGUCGGUGCAAGGCGGUCGUCGUCGAGUCCCGCCGUACUCACCAAGAUAUCAUCCGCGAUGUUCGAAUUCACGUCGACGUUCUCAAUACCUGCAUCUCUUUUACAGAAGCCCAUCGCGCCGCUGCCAAAUGUUCCGCUCAGUUACUUUCGAAAAUCGCCAUGAACGAGGAUAUCGUGGAUUUGAUCGUGGAGUGCGGGGCCGUUCCUGCUCUGGUAAAGCAAAUUCAAACGCCGCCUCUAUUGGCAGAAUCCGAUCCGAUACCAUUUGAGUAUGAAGUAGAGAAAGCAUGCGCGUUUGCGCUUGGACUAAUCGCGGUCAAGGCAGAGCAUCAACAACUAGUGGUUGACGCCGGGGCUCUGCCCUGUCUAGUGAAUUUGUUGAAAAUGCACAAGGAUGGUUGUAAUUCUCGGGAAAUGAAUGGUGUUAUAAGGAAAGCUGCUGAUGCUAUAACUAAUCUUGCUCACGAAAAUGCCCGCAUUAAAACCCGUAUCAGGACUGAGGGUGGAAUUCCUCCUCUCGUUCAGUUGCUGGAGUAUCACGACAUAAAGGUGCAGAGGUCAGCUGCUGGGGCCUUAAGGACCCUAGCGUUUAAGAACGACGAAAACAAAAAUCAGAUUGUUGAAUGCAAUGCUCUACCAACCCUCGUACUAAUGCUUUCCUCUGAGGACGUUACAGUACAUUAUGAAGCAGUUGGCGUGAUUGGGAACCUUGUCCACUCCUCUCCAAACAUAAAGAAAGACGUUCUUCUUGCUGGAGCACUGCAGCCUGUGAUUAGGUUACUUAGUUCUAGUUGUUUGGAGAGCCAGAGGGAAGCGGCUUUACUCAUAGGUCAAUUUGCUGCUGCUGAUUCAGAUUGCAAGGUACACAUUGUCCAAAGAGGUGCUGUUCCACCCUUAAUAGAAAUGCUCACAUCUUCAGAUGUACAGCUCAAGGAAAUGUCUGCAUUUGCGCUUGGGCGGUUGGCCCAGGACACACACAAUCAAGUUGGAAUUGUACAGAGUGGUGGAAUAGUACCGUUGCUUAGUCUACUUGAUUCAAAAGGUGGACCAUUGCAGCAUAAUUCUGCAUUUGCCCUAUACGGCCUUGCUGAGAAUGAGGAUAAUGUUGUGGAUCUUAUCAAGACUGGAGGUGUUCAGAAACUCCUGGAAGGGGAGUUCAUUGCUCAGCCAACAAAAGAUUGUGUAGCAAAGACAUUGAAGAGAUUGGAGGAAAAAAUUCAUGGACGAGCAUUGAGUCAUCUGUUGUACCUUAUGCGGACAGCAGCCAAGGCUGUUCAAAAACGAGUUGCUUUGGCUCUUGCUCAUCUUUGUGCUCCUAAUGAUCGGAAAACUAUUUUUGUUGACAACAAUGGGCUGGAGCUGCUACUGGGCCUUCUUGAGUCUAAAAGUUUCAAGCAGCAAAAAGAUGGUUCAGAGGCCUUGUAUAAGCUGGCUACAAAGGGUACUUCACUCUCAUCUGUGGAUGCCGCCCCGGUAUCUCCAACCCCACAGGUGUAUUUGGGCGAGCAGUAUGUAAAUAAUCCUACACUUUCUGAUGUUACAUUUUUGGUUGAAGGUAAACGAUUCUAUGCUCACAGAAUUUGUCUUCUUGCUUCUUCGGAUGCAUUCCGGGCCAUGUUUGAUGGUGGUUACCGGGAGAGGGAUGCCAAAGAUGUAGAGAUUCCAAAUAUCAGAUGGGAUGUUUUUGUGUUAAUGAUGAGGUAUAUAUACACAGGAUCAGUAACCGUCGAGAUUGAUCAUGCUCAAGAACUUCUUAGAGCUGCCGACCAAUAUCUUCUUGAAGGCCUUAAGCGUCUUUGUGAAUAUGCCAUAGCACAGGAUAUUUCUGUGGAGGAUGUUAUGCUAAUGUACGAACUAGCCGAGGCCUUCAAUGCCACCACACUCCGAGAAACAUGCUUACUCUUCAUAUUAGAACAAUUUGAAAGAAUAAGUACCAAACCAUGGUGUGGCCGUUUGAUUCAACGCGUCAUUCCAGAUUUAAGGAAUUUCUUCGUAAGUGCACUUGUAAAGUGUUAUGAUUCUAAUGUAAGCUCGCCUUUAUGGCCGUUGGAUUAGGUUACACCAUCAGCUUGUUAUUAGGUAUUGUACAGAUAGCUUAGGAAUUGGUAGGAAUUAGGUUACACCAUCAGCUUGUUAUUAGGUAUUGUACAUGAUUUGGUUGUUUUAAUAUUUUUUAUAAUUUACUAGUCGGCCCAAAUUUUUAUAUUUUCAUAUUGUGAUUUUUUAACAUAAUAAAAUGAUUAGACCAAUAUAAUCAUUCAAGCUCCA